UUGAGUAUAGUUUGACAUAAUCCGUCGUUUUGUCAAGUAGCUCAGGACUUCAGUGAAAAACACAUUCAACAAAACAAAAAAAAUAACAAUAAAAAUUUUAAUACAAUCGAUUUUAAAUCAUAUUUGACUCAUCAAGUAUCAUCAGAUAAAAAUAAAAGUAAAAAUGUCUUUAUAUCCAUCCCUAGAAGACAUGAAGGUGGAUCAGAUGGUGAAGGCUCAGAUGAAAGUUGAGUCUCAAUUUACUCCAACUGCACCAUCACCGGUCUCAGUAAGUCCAUCAGCACCGGCAUUGACACCACCAGGUUACAAUGACUUGCCAGGACAAUUAUAUCCAGCUCUGGGUGAUUACAUGGGUCUAGAGUUAAGCCCAGAAGCUAUUGAAACUAAUAUGCCUGAGUACACAAUAGCUUACCGUGAAUCUAUGGAAGUCAUGAAGCCAGAAUCAGGAACUUUGAAUGGUAUGAUUGCACCAUUGUCUAAAGAUUCAUUGGGAUUGCAAAGGGCUCAAGUCUCUAAUGGGAUUCGUGAACUGACACUGUGCAAAGACAGCGAUGGUAAAAUCGGAUUACGUGUACAUGAAGUAAACAAUGGGAUAUUUGUUUGUCUGGUAAGUCCGGAUUCCCCGGCAGCCAAAGCUGGAUUAAGAUUCGGUGACCAGAUUCUUGAUAUCAAUGGAACUUCUGUUGCUGGAUAUACUAUGGAUCAAGUUCAUAAGAUAUUUCGUAAUGCUCCUGUUAACAAUAUUAAAGUUAUUGUUCGUGAUAGACCACUGGAAAGAACGAUUACUAUGCACAAAGAUAGCUCGGGGCAAAUCGGGUUUCAGUUUAAAGAAGGUAAAAUAAUUGCGCUUGUUAAAGAUUCAUCUGCUGCACGUAAUGGAGUUCUUACUGAUCAUCAGUUGUUGGAAGUUAAUGGCAAGAAUGUUAUUGGACUAAAAGAUAAAGAAAUAGUCGCCGAAAUAGCCAACAGUCCCAGUGUUGUAACAAUAACUGUAAUCCCUUCAUACAUUUACAACCACAUGAUCAAAAAAAUGUCUGGAAGUCUUUUGAAAGCAAUGGAUCAUUCAGUGUCAAAUUUCUAGGACAAACCCCAACGGGGAUACAAGACUUUUCUUAUUAUUUUUACAUGUUCAUUUAUUCUAUGUUUAAUUAUUUUUUUCAAGUAUUUUUAUCUGCUAGUUUAAAUCUUAAAUCUUUUUUACUCUCUUGAUACGACGUUGAAAAAAAUGAAACUUAUCAUCGUAAGUCUGUCAGAUCUUUGUUAGUAAAAUAAACUAAACAAAGAUCUUAAUUAAAUAAUCAGUUGCCAAACAAAUAGUAAUUACAAUAAAAAAAACAAAUAUAUAUAUUAUAUAUACGAGCUAUAUACUGUUAAAUUACUCAUACUAGAUAACUACGUAUACUAUUUUGUUAAUAAAUAUUUUAUUACUAGACUUAAAAAAAUAAUUAAGUCUAUAAAUAAAUAAUCUACUUUAUGGUUAAUUUAUUUUAGACAAAGGACUUAUUUAUUUAUAGACUUCGAGCAGUUGAUUAUAAAAU